AUGUCCUUCAUGAAACACGCGUUCAAAGACUCAACAAGUACCAUCAAUAGACCUCUCCGGGCACACAUUGGCUUUUCCCCCAAGGCGACUAGCGAAUCUCAGAAGCUGCUGGUGCUCGCCUUCUUGAAAGAGCAACUGGCCACGUUUUUCGUCACCUCUGAGGCAUACAAGAAUACUUGGAGUCUUUCAACAACAAAUUUGGCGCCUCCAAAGUGA